AUGUAAAUAAACAGUUGCAAUGCUGAAAAUGCGAUUUCAUUUGUUUGUUUUGUUUCUUGUGAGCGAGUGCCGGGCGCAAGUGAUCCUGACUGAAACGUUUCAAGUUUCUUAUCAAAUAGCUGGAAUUUUCGAAAAAGAUGCUCUCACGCAGCGGCUGGCUUUCAAUGAGAGCAUGCGAUAUGCGCACCUGGAGGAAUCUGAGCUGCAGAAGUCGGCAGAUGAAGACGAUGACAACACAUCCAAGGAUUGGCGCCUAGAACCAGUUAUACUGCAGCCUCAGAGAAGCGACAGUUAUUCCGUUUGGAGAGAACUCUGCGCGAAAAUAGAAAGAAGUCCGAUCGCUAUCCUGGGCCCUCAGAAUCCCAUAUCAGAUUGUGCGGUCCGAGACCAGUGCGCGCUGGUGAAUGUGCCCCACAUUCAAGCCACAUGGCAACCUCUAGACCCAGAUAUUGAGCUGAUAAAAGACGAGCCGGUCGUCGAGGAAGGCGACAAACCGACGUUCAAGAAAAUAAUAAUCAACUUUUACCCGCCGUCAGAGGAAAUAUCCUACGCAUAUGCCAAGCUCCUAAAGUAUUACAAAUGGGAAAACUUCGCUGUCCUUUACGAAGACGAUUACGGUCUAAUGAGAAUACAGAAAAUAUUAGCCGAAUACACGGAGCAGUUUCCAAUUACUGUUCGAAAAUUAGAUCCCAACGCUGACAAUUACAUGGUGUUCAAAAGCUUGUACGAGUUUAAGGAGUACCGCAUAAUACUGGACUGCCACGUGGACAGAGUCAUCAAGUACCUGAACGAGGCCCGGGCUGUGCACAUGGUUAACCACUAUCAGCAUUAUAUUUUAGUAUCUAUGGACGCGACGACCGUAGCCAAGGACCUCCUGCCGUUCCACUCGAACAUCACUUGGCUGAGCCUCACGGAUUUCGACCAGCUGCAGGACGCACAGCAUUUCCUCGCCCCCCGAGUCGCCAGGUGGUUCAACUGGUCACCUGAAAAUACUGACUCUCCCCCGGUUACUAAUAUUAAGGAAGAAGCACUUUUGAUGAACGACGUAGCGAAUCACGUCUUGAAGUCCUUACAAAGGGUCGAGGCCAAACACGGCAUAGAGAAACCCAGGAGCAACUUGUGUGACAAGAACCCGGAACCAUGGGAGUACGGAGCGCUGCUGCAGGAUGAAAUAUUGAAGACUCAAACCAUGGGUGUGACGGGCAACAUAGAGUUCAACAGCAAGGGUCGCCGUGUGAACUACACUCUCAACGUGAACGAGAUCAGGGUGUCGGAGCGGGAGACGGUGGGGUACUGGGAGUCGGCCGUCGGUGGUGACAUCACUGACACCAGACAGAAUGUAGAGGCCAGAGGCGCGCAGACCUCGAGCAAACACUUUAUUGUUAUAUCUAGAAAAGCUAAGCCGUAUUUUUACGAUAAAGUCAAAUGUCCGGAAAACAACGACACGUGUGUAGAGGAGUCUGCAGAUGAAAAAUACGAGGGUUUCUCCGUCGACCUAGUCAAGCAGAUAUUCGAUAGGCUGAGAGCCCGCAACUACAACUACACUUACUCGUUCCUAUACGAGGAGGACAAGGGAUACGGAAAAUACGACGAAGUCAAGAAGAAGUGGGAUGGACUCAUUGGCGAUUUGUUGGACAAGAAAGCGGACUUAGCAGUAUGCGACUUGACCAUCACAGAAGAGAGGAAGAAGGUUGUGGAUUUCUCGGUGCCGUUCAUGUCUCUGGGUAUAAGUAUCCUGUACACCAAGGAGAGGAAGAUCACUCCUGGCGUGUUCUCGUUCCUGUACCCGUAUACUUUUGAAGUCUGGAUGUACACGGCUACUGCUUACUGCGUCGUCUCUAUAGUCCUUUUUGUUUGUUCAAGAAUAUCUCCAGCUGACUGGGAGAACCCUCAGCCGUGCGACAAGGAUCCAGAGGAGCUGGAGAACAUCUGGAACUUCAAGAACUGCACCUGGCUGACCAUGGGCUCCAUUAUGACGCAGGGAUGCGAUAUACUGCCGAAGGCUAUCGGUUCCCGCUGGGUAUGUGGUAUGUGGUGGUUCUUCGCCGUGAUAGUCUGUCAGACAUACAUCGCCCAGCUCUCAGCGUCCAUGACUACAGCCAUGGAGAACGAACCCAUCAACAGCGUAGAGGACUUGGCCAACCAGAACAAAGUGCUGUACGGGUCCAUUGAGAAAGCGACCACGUAUUUGUUCUUCAAGAAUUCUAAAGAUAAAAUGUACCAAAGAAUCUACGAGAAUAUGGCAGCGAACCCCGCAGCGUUAGUCGACAGCAACGACGAAGGAGAGAGGAGAGUUGCGAACGGAGAGGGAAAGUAUGCCUUCUUUAUGGAAUCUACUUCCAUAGAUUACAAGCUGAAGAGAGAUUGCAGGCUCAAGAAAGUGGGGGGAGAGCUGGACUCAAAGGACUACGGUAUUGCCAUGCCUGCAAAUUCCCCCUUCCGGUCACAUAUAAACACAGCAAUCUUGGAGCUGAAAGAAAUGCAGCUUUUGGACAAAAUAAAAGCUAAAUGGUGGGAACAGAAGAACGGAGCCAAAGUGUGCGAAGAAGCGGCAGACGAGAACGACGUAGAAGGUGACUUGGAGUGGGAGAACCUGAUUGGUGCGUUCCUGGUGCUGAUCGUGGGACUGGUGUUCUGUCUGUUCAUCACCGCUAUAGAGUUCAUGAACGAAGUCCGCAACAUCGUGGUCAGAGAGGGAGUGUCACACAAGGAGGUGUUCAUAAAGGAGCUCCAGGCCUCGUUGAAUUUCUUCCAACUGCAGAAGCCGGUUCUACGGAACCCGAGCCGAGCUCCGUCGAUAGACUCCACCAGCACCACAGAGAACAGAAAGCAAUAUUCUAAGGCUAUAGAGAACUUUCUCGACUUAGAAAAAGAUAUGCAGUAGUCUUACUUUUUUUUGAGUAUAUUAUAUUA